AUGAAAUCCAAAGCCCAGCUUACUACCCAAGACAAUAAUAAGCCAGCAAAAACACCCACAAUCUCAAAAAUUCAAAAUAUCAAAGACAUAGUCGCUGUUAUAGCUCUGCGUUAUUCUGCUGUUUAUGGGAUAUUUGAGGCAAGUCAUUCAGGCAGUACAAGGUACAUACCAUCUUCCCUCAUACUGGUACCGAGUUUAGAGUCUUUGAGACUUAUUAAACUGCUUCCCACCCUUCACCAUGCAUCUAUUGUUUCAUCUUUUUUACUUGUUAGCAUGGCUUCAAAACUGCUUAUAAUCGGAGUUGGUUUUGAUGGUUUGUUAAGGCAAAUUGUUGGUGGUGAUUUUAGUGAUAGGAAUUUAUGGUUGUGUUUCGAGUUGACUGCUAUUUUUCUAAGGAAAUGGGAUGGUUUAGUUGAAGAAGAACAAGUCCUUUGUUGGCUUUUAAAAACUUGUGGAAGGCAUUAUGUUGAAGCCAAUGUGAAGCUGACAUUUUUAUGUGAUUGGCUUUUCUUUGAUGAAAAGAUUGAUAGCUUAAUGAAUGUUGAACCUGCAAUGUUCUUAAUGGUAUGCUCAAUACCCAAAUAUAUUGACAUGAUCCACACUCUUAACUUUUUGUUGCUUCUUGCUGACAAAUAUGAUAUCGGCUGUAUUAAUGUCAUUGUAAGGGGUCUGCCAUCAGCUCUCUCAGUAUUUGUUCAAAAGGGAGUGAUUUGGUCCGUGGAUGUUCUGACUUCAUGUGAAUUCCUUUCUCCAUUUCUAAAAGACGGUCUUAAGAGGAUAUCAUUGUGGUUGAAUGUGGGAGGUAAUGAGUUGCAACUUUCCUGUCUAUGUCCUUAUUUUGUACCACACUUGAGUCUGCAAAACGUUUCCCAUCUCAAAAAGCUAACACUGCCACCCAAACAAUCUUCUGUGAAGACUGAAACGAUUGCAGCGGAGAAAACCAAAGUCAAGCUUGAUUGGCCUAUAAUGGCAAUGGAACAUGUGGCCAUCAUAUCAGACAAGGCAACUGUCACUCCUGAGUUUCAAAAGCAUCUUCUUCUUCCUCAAUUUCUUACAGUACUAACUCAUGCUUCUGCAAUUAAGACUUGUGACAAGGUAACCGUUGCUCCUCGUGUCAAAUGCUGUCAAAAACCACUGAAACUGAAUUCCGGAGCUGAUGAGAGUAGGAAGAUGGUCAAGAAAUCAGGAAAGGAGGAGCACCACUUAUGGCAGAAAAGAGAUUCAGCUGGAUCUGGGCAAAAGGCACUGAAUCUUGUUAGAAUUGUUUCCGAACUUCCUAAUGAGAAAGAGGCUGUUUAUGGAGCAUUAGAUAAAUGGACAGCCUGGGAGACAGAGUUUCCAUUGAUUGCAGCUGCUAAAGCUUUAAAAAUAUUGAGGCAGAGGAGGCAAUGGACACGUGUGGCAAAGUGGAUGUUGAGCAAAGGUCAAGGAGCAACAUUGGGAACAUACGACACACUUCUACUGGCUUUCGAUAUGGAUGACAGGGUAGAUGAGGCUAAAUCAUUAUGGAACAUGAUUAUAUAUUCACAUACUCGCUCUAUGUCAAAGCGCUUAUUUUCAAGGAUGAUUUCUUUGUAUGAUCAUCAUAACAUGCAAGAUGAGAUAAUACAGGUGUUUGCAGACAUGGAGGAGUUGGGUGUAAGACCAGACGAAGAUACUUUAAGGAGAGUGGCACAUGCCUUCAAGAAAUUGGGCCAAGAAGAGAAGCAGAAGUUGGUUCUUGAAAGGUACCAGUGUAAAUGGAAGUAUAUCCACUUCAAUGGUGAAAGAGUUAGAGUGAAAAGAGAUGGACGGAAUGAGGAAUGA